AUGACCGGGCAUGCAGGACACGGGGACUCCCAGGGACACCAGGACCCCCGCGGUCCCCACCGCUACCACCUCCUGCUCUCCCGCGCCGAGGAAUUCCAGCGGCAGCUCCAGGUGGUUCAGGCGGAGCUGAAGCUCUUCAAGCGGUCGCCGCCGUCCCCCGAGAUGUCCCCGCGCGGCGCCUCGGAGCCCCCCCGGGUCACCAUCUACGCCCUGCAGGGGGACCAAGAGACCCCCCAGCUCGUGCAGAGCCGAGAGCUGGACCCCGAUUCCCGGAGCCUGGAUGUGACAGCAGCCAUCCGACCCUGGGUGGCCGGUCCCGAGGCCACGCUGCGCCUGCAGCUGGACUUCACAGCCAACGUCUCGGCCGCACUGGCCACUUCAGAGGGGGAGACGCUGGUGCUGGAGGUGGAAACCCAGGAGAACACGGCUCGGGGGGCCAGGAGAGCCCGGGGGCUGGAGGAGGAGUGCGGGAAGAGCGACGGGAAGUGUUGCCUGAAGUCGCUGAAGGUCUCCUUCCAGGACAUCGGCUGGUCGGACUGGGUCAUCGCCCCCCACAGCUACUACAUGAGGUUCUGCGAGGGCUCCUGCCCCCACAACUACAAGCCGGCCAACAUGCACGCCCAGAUCAAGUCCCGAGUGCAUUCCCUGUCCAAGGCCACCCCCCCUCCCUGCUGUGUCCCUGCUGGGUACGACCCCAUGGUGCUGAUGCACUACGACGGCGAGGGCAGGCUGGUCUCCAGCGUCUUCGAGGACAUGUUGGUCACCAGGUGCCACUGUGCCUGA